AUGAGUGAGGCCGAAGCCCAUUCUGGUUUUGGUCAUGCCUUCCGUUCCCACUUCCUCUUCAGCGAUGACUAUCUCCCAUUAAACCAUGGUUCCUUUGGCGCAUUCCCACGCUUCGUUCAAGAAGCACAACGUAGCUACCAACACGCGACCGAAAGCCAGCCAGACCGGUUCAUUCGCUAUGACGCAUUAAAUCACAUUUCCAAUUCUCGCCUAGGCAUAGCUAAGCUGCUCAAAACCUCGUCGGACGAAUGUGUCUUCGUGCAAAAUGCGACCGUAGGGCUCAAUACAAUAUUGCGGAAUCUCCUCCCUACAUUCGCUUCUCAAGCUACGACGCUCGAGCUGACAAAGCGGGAACAGUCCUGCGUGGUUUACUUCGAUACGAUUUAUGGCGCCAUUGAGAAGACACUGUUCUCGAUCCGCGAAAUCGAUCCAUCCAUAGAAUUGCGCAAGGUAACGAACUACACGCUCCCGUGCUCUCACGAGGCUAUCGUCACCGCUUUGGUUGAGGUCCUCGAUAAGGCCAGCCAAGACGGCGUGAGGGUGAGAGCAUGCGUGUUCGAGACCAUCACCUCCGUCCCUGCCGCCAGGUUUCCUUUCCAAGCAAUUACAACUCUUUGCCGUGAGAGGGGUAUCUACAGUGUGAUCGAUGGUGCCCAUGGCGUAGGUCAGAUAGCCCUCAGUCUGGGAGAUUUGAGUCCAGAUUUCUUCGUGAGCAAUUGCCAUAAGUGGUUGUACACCCCACGAGGUUGUGCCGUCCUGUAUGUACCGAGACGUAAUCAGCACUUGAUACGCACGACUGUACCUACAUCAUGGGGCUUCGAAGCCCUUCCAUUUCCACCCGAACACACAGAUAUGUCAUCAAACUCCAGGAACAAAACUACUCCAGAUGAACAGCAGCUCAAACCACAAGAAAUCGGACCCUCUUACUUCACAGGUCUCUUCGACUACAUGGGCACGGUCGAGAACUCCGCCUUCUUCUGCGUAAACGCAGCUUUAAAUUUCAGGCAGACAGUCUGUGGGGGCGACGAAGCAAUAUGGGGUUAUAUACAAUAUAUUGCACAGGCAGGAGCCGACCUUAUUGCAGAGAGACUUGGCACUGAAGUCAUGGAUGUCAUCGAACCUGAGGAGUCCACCAGCCCUAAUACAACGCCACUAGCAAAUAUACGGCAGUGCGCCAUGGCCAAUAUUCGGCUUCCAUUCGCCAUUACAGGCUCGGAAAAUACACCGGCUACAACAAGUCUUUCCAAGACCCCUACCCCUCAAUCCAUUGCGCCAGCAUCGACAGAUUCAGGCUUCACCGCUGUUCCGAUCCGCUUGGACGAGCUAGUGUCCCAUACUUCUUGGCUUCAAUCGACGUUGAUUAAAGAAUACCGUAUAGGUAUCACGGUCUAUCCAUAUGCGUCGCGUGCCUGGUUACGUGUGUCUGGGCAAAUCUAUCUGGAGCUUUCAGAUUUCGAGAAACUCGCUGAAGUUGUCAAGGUUGUUUUGGAGAGAAUUAGGAACGGUGAGAGCGGCAUCCAGCGUUGA